AUGGCCGAGCGAACCUCUGCCGGACUACUGACCGUGACGCUGGAGCCCACGCCGGCUGUCGCGAUGACCCUGCCGGCGGAGGUCCGGGCCAAGUUGGCCGAGCUGGAGUUGGAGCUCUCUGAAGGGGACAUCACUCAGAAGGGGUACGAGAAGAAAAGAAGCAAACUGUUGGCACCGUUUAUCCCACAGAUACAAGGUGUAGAUCCUUCUCUACAGAUCGACAGCCGGAUCCAGGCCUCUUCCCAGGCUAUUCUCUCCGACUCCAAACACAACAAAUCUCGGGCAGCCAACACCAGGGAUGAACGCUUCCGCUCCGAUCUACACACAGAAGCCGUCCAAGCAGCUUUGGCCAAAUACAAAGAAAGGAAGAUGCCAAUGCCAUCCAAGAGACGAUCUGUGCUAGUACAGUCCUCUGUCGAGACAUGCACUCCGCCAGACACUUCCUCGGCGUCGGAAGACGAGGGCUCGUUGCGGCGAAAGGGACGUCUGACCAACUCCACGCCCAACCAGACUCACGGCCACCCUGCUGUCGAACACUGGUUUAACCGGGUGAUCCAGGGUUCGUCCACGUCAUCGUCUGCUUCGUCCACCUCGUCCCACCCGGGAGGAAGAGCCACCAAUACUAAUAACACUCCUCUCAACGCCAACACCAAAGCUACAGCGCUGGCUGACCUUAUGGCACAUACACACCUAGAUAACCACAUAGCUCCUCCAGAUGUGACGGGCCUCUCGGAGCGCUCAUCCAUCCACGCAGAGCAGUCUCACGUCACUUCGAUACGGGGCGUGUCCCGUAGCUACAACCACCACACCAGCAUCAUGGAGACGGCAGAUGGUGUUCCAGUCAACAGCCGAGUGUCCUCCAAAAUCCAGCAAUUGCUCAACACACUGAAAAGACCGAAGCGACCACCUUUGCGAGAAUUCUUUGUGGACGACUUCGAGGAGCUCAUGGAUGUCCAACAACCCAAUCCAAACCAGCCAAAGCCAGAAGGACAACUGAUGUGCCCCCUUGAAGGAGAUCAUCUUGGAGUGGUCACCAACUGGCCACCCUCAUUGACAGCAGCCUUGCAACGAUGGGGAACCACCCAGCCCAAGAGCCCUUGUCUGACGGCGCUCGAUAACGCCGGCAAACCUGUCUACACUCUCACCUAUGGUAAACUAUGGACACGCAGUCAAAAACUGGCCUACACCCUUCUCAACAAGCUUAGCACAAGGAAUGAACCUUUGCUUAUGCCAGGAGAUAGGGUUGCACUUGUGUUCCCCAACAAUGACCCUGUGAUGUUCAUGGUGGCUUUCUAUGGCUGUCUACUGGCAGAGUUGGUGCCUGUACCCAUUGAAGUGCCGUUAACCAGAAAGGAUGCUGGAAGUCAACAAAUUGGCUUUCUGCUUGGCAGCUGCGGGGUGACGCUGGCUCUUACUACUGACGCUUGUCAGAAAGGUUUACCCAAAGCACAAACGGGAGAGGUAGCCACAUUCAAAGGCUGGCCGAGGUUGCUGUGGUUUGUGACAGAUGGAAAACACGUUGUGAAACCUCCUAAAGACUGGCAUCCUCCAAUACGCGAAGCAAGCAAUGACAUAGCCUACAUAGAAUAUAAAACCAGCAAGGAGGGAAGCACCAUGGGGAUCACAGUGAGCCAUUCAGCUAUGCUCGCUCACUGUCACGCUCUCACACAAGCCUGCGGCUACACUGAAGCGGAAACUAUAACCAAUGUGCUGGACUUCAAAAGAGAAGCAGGUUUAUGGCAUGGGGUUCUCACUAGCGUUAUGAAUAGGAUGCAUGUGAUCAGCAUUCCUUAUUCUCUGAUGAAAGUUAACCCCCUUUCAUGGAUACAGAAAGUUCAUGCGUAUAAAGCACGGGUGGCCGUAGUGAAGUCAAGGGAUAUGCACUGGUCACUGCUGGCUCAAAGGGACCAGAGAGAUAUCAGCUUGAGCUCACUCCGCAUGCUGAUUGUCGCUGAUGGAGCCAACCCAUGGUCAAUAUCUUCCUGCGAUGCCUUUCUCAACGUGUUCCAGGCACGUGGGCUGCGACCUGAAGUGAUCUGUCCAUGUGCCAGUUCUUCAGAAGCUAUGACUGUCGCCAUCCGCAGACCUCCAGAGAUGAGCGUCCCUUCACCAGGCAAGGCGGUGCUGUCUAUGGGUGGGCUGAGCCAUAGUGUGAUCCGCGUGGACACCGAGGAGAAGCUCUCUGUCCUGACAGUGCAGGACGUUGGGCAGGUCAUGCCUGGAGCCUUGGUGUGCGUGGUGCGGGCGGAAGGAACGCCAUACUUGUGUCAGACAGACGAGGUAGGAGAAAUCUGCGUGAGCUCGAAGUGCACGGGUGCGGCCUAUUACGGCCUUCAGGGCAUGACCAAGAACAUAUUUGAGACCAUUCCAGUCACGUCGGCUGGCAUUCCAGUCAGUGACCGAACGUUCACCAGGACAUCACUGCUUGGUUUUGUGGGACCAGACAGCCUCGUGUUUGUUGUCGGGAAGAUGGAUGGAUUGAUGGUGGUCAGUGGGCGGAGACAUAACGCUGAUGACGUGGUUGCCACAGCGCUGGCGGUGGAACCCAUGAAAUUUGUUUACAGAGGGAGAAUAGCUGUGUUUUCCGUGUCGGUGCUGCACGACGAGAGAAUUGUCGUCGUGGCAGAGCAGAGACCGGAUGCUUCAGAGGAAGAUAGCUUCCAGUGGAUGAGCCGUGUGCUCCAGGCCAUAGAUAGCAUCCAUCAGGUGGGUGUGUACUGUUUGGCACUGGUGCCUGCCAACACACUUCCCAAGGCUCCCCUGGGUGGCAUCCACAUAUCGGAGACCAAACAGCGCUUCCUGGAGGGCGCCUUGCAUCCCUGCAACGUCCUAAUGUGCCCUCACACGUGCGUCACCAACCUGCCCAAGCCGAGGCAAAAGCAGCCGGAGGUCGGCCCCGCUUCUAUGAUUGUUGGCAACCUGGUGGCAGGGAAGAGAAUAGCGCAGGCCUGUGGGAGAGACGUAACCCAGUUGGAAGACAAUGAGCAGUUCCUCUACAUUCAAGAUGUGCUACAGUGGAGAGCGCAGGCCACUCCAGACCAUCCUCUAUUCCUUGUUCUCAAUGCGAAGGGCACGGUGGCAAGUGCGGCGUCCUGUCUGCAGCUUCACAAACGCGCCGAACGCGUGGCUGCGGCUCUGAUGGGACGCCUCAACACAGGGGAUCAUGUUGCACUUGUUUACACACCAGGGAUUGACUUAAUUGCCACCUUUUAUGGCUGCUUGUAUGCCGGCUGUGUACCGGUCACGGUCAGACCUCCACAUCCACAGAACCUUGCCACCACCCUUCCUACCGUCAAGAUGAUUGUUGAGGUCAGUAAGUCGGUAUGUAUUUUGACUACUCAAGCAAUAAUGAAGCUGCUGAAAUCCAAAGAGGCUGCUGCUGCAGUAGACGUAAAGAGCUGGCCCAUGGUGCUGGACACAGAUGACCUCCCCAGGAAAAAAAGUCCUCAGAUCUAUAAGCCUCCAACCCCGGAGAUGUUAGCCUACUUGGACUUUAGCGUUUCCACCACAGGCAUCCUGGCAGGAGUCAAGAUGUCCCAUGCGGCCACCGGUGCCUUGUGCCGCUCCAUCAAACUGCAGUGUGAGCUCUACCCUUCCCGCCAGAUAGCCAUCUGUCUGGACCCUUAUUGUGGCCUGGGAUUUGCACUCUGGUGCCUGUGCAGUGUGUACUCUGGCCACCAGUCCAUCUUGGUUCCCCCUCUAGAGCUGGAAAGCAAUGUAUCGGUGUGGCUGGCGGCAGUCAGCCAGUACAAAGUACGCGUUACCUUCUGUUCCUACUCAGUUAUGGAAAUGUGCACAAAAGGCCUGGGCUCGCAGACGGAAGCAUUGCGGUUGCGGAAUGUCAACCUGUCGUGCGUGCGCACGUGCAUGGUGGUCGCAGAGGAGCGUCCUCGCAUCGCGCUCACACAGUCGUUCUCCAAAAUCUUUAAGGACCUCGGGCUUUCUGCGCGUGCUGUCAGCACCACCUUUGGCUGCAGGGUGAACGUUGCCAUCUGUUUGCAGGGCACAGCCGGUCCGGACCCCACUACAGUUUACGUGGACAUGAGGGCUCUGCGACACGACAGAGUUCGUCUAGUUGAGAGGGGGUCUCCGCACAGUUUACCACUAAUGGAAUCCGGCAAGAUCCUUCCUGGAGUUAAAGUGAUUAUCGCCAACACUGAAACUAAGGGGCCUUUGGGAGACUCUCAUCUUGGAGAGAUCUGGGUGAGCAGUCCUCACAACGCGACGGGCUACUACACCGUCUACGGAGAGGAGGCGCUGCACGCGGACCACUUUAACACCAAGCUAAGCUUUGGGGACACGCACACCGUGUGGGCAAGAACGGGCUAUUUGGGUUUCCUGCGGCGCACAGAGUUGACUGACGCCAGCGGAGAGCGCCACGACGCCCUCUACGUGGUGGGCUCUGUUGACGAGACGCUUGAACUGAGAGGAAUGAGGUACCACCCAAUUGACAUCGAGACCUCCGUCAUCCGCUCCCAUAAGAGCAUCGCUGAGUGCGCUGUGUUCACUUGGACCAACCUGCUAGUGGUGGUGGUGGAGCUGGAGGGCUCCGAGCAAGAGGCCCUGGACCUGGUAGCUCUUGUCACCAACGUGGUGCUGGAGGAGCACUACCUCAUCGUGGGCGUGGUGGUGGUGGUUGACCCCGGCGUCAUCCCCAUUAAUUCCAGAGGGGAAAAGCAACGCAUGCACCUGCGGGACGGAUUCUUAGCCGACCAACUGGACCCGAUUUAUGUUGCAUACAACAUGUGA